AUGACCAUACUGGAGUCUCAUCAUUUUUGCAGCCACCGCUGGAAGGAUUUCCAUCAGUGCGUGAUCUACGACUUCGACGCACCCGCCGAUGCUAGGUUGAUCGGCAUCGAGUAUAUUGUGUCUGAACAGAUUUUCAAGUCGCUCCCCGAAGAAGAGAAGAAGUAUUGGCACUCACAUAAGCAUGAGAUGGAAAGCGGAAUUCUUUGCCUCGAGACGAAAGGUGUUGUUCCGAGUACUUGA